GCUGAGCAGAGAGCCCAAAGUGGGGCUGGAUCCAGGACCCUGAAAUCAUGACAGGAGCCAAAGGCAGAGGCUUGGGAAAGCUUUUUUGUUCCAGAUGUGUUUGUCUUUAUUUUAAAAUUCCUUGUUAAAUUUUAUUUAAAAUGUGUAAGAAUGUAGUGUACUAAAUUCUAAAAAUCAUUUUAGUACAUUUUCUUCCUUGCCAUAGUAAAAGCCAGCAAACAUAGACCAGGAGUUGUUUGUUCUCUGUUAGGAUUUGACAGUAGGCAGGAGUUAGCCCAGUUGUCAUUUUGGCUGGCGUUGGCAUGAUCACAGCAUGCUUUUUUACAGUCAGAUACAGUUAGAGGGGUCAAGUGGGAUUUUACAUUUCUCUAGGAGCUCCCAGAUUACAGUCUCUCUUUGGAGAUCAUGAGAGGGUGCUUAGAGUUUUUGUUCUCUAAUUUUUUUUUUAAUUUAUUAUUCAUUUUAGAGCACACACAAGCAGGGGGAGGGAUAUCGGAAGAAUCUCAAGCAGACUCCCUGGUGAAAGAGGAUCACAUUUUAGGGCUCCCUCCUAUAUCCCCAAGAUCAUGACCUGAGCUGAAACCAAGAGCCAGAUGCCCAACUGACUGAGCCACCCAGGCACCCCUUAGAGUUUUUAAAGGAGCUUAUACUCUUUGGAGGAGCAAUUAUUUGUAGCCUAGAAAAAUAAUUUAUUUCAGUGUAAAAAUAAAGUUUUUAUCAUCUUAUUUCUCAGUUAUGUGUUGAGAUAUGAAGGAAACAUUUUCAACUGUACAGUUUGUGCUGAGGAAAAAUAAAUGACAGUAAUAUCAAGUACUGCUGUAAGUGGUAUUUAGCCGUAAAAAAAAUAAAUGUUUGAAUUGCUAUAUAUUUCAGAUCACAAUAACAUUAAUAACAUCCCUGCAUUUGUAUUGAGUGGUAACAACCAUUGCUGCAUAUUUUCCAAUCACAUGAGAACCUUCUGUGUUUGGUUCUGGAAUGUUGCCGUGGUCACAUUCUGUUGGGCAGAGAGUAGUGAACUGUGGAACCAGUGGCAAUCCAGGACACAUAGGCCUGGAACUAGGGUAUCUGAGAAUUGUGCAGUGUGUUGAAGCCACACUUGGCAUGGACCAGAAGACUCUGAAGAAGCUGGUGGAGUCCAUCAGUAAUACUGUCAAGAACUUCAAAAAAAGUGAAGUAGAGUGUCUCCUACGACUUUUUCACAGCUUGGUGGAAAGAGCUAAUGUAAGACUUAAUAACUUCGGACUAGACCGUAACACGUUUCGAGUGAUCCUGCACAACAUAUUUGGGAUGACUGAUGAUAUGCUAAUGAACAGGGUCUGUUUUGAAGUUUACUAUUUGAAUGGUGAUGGUUACAUUUCUCGAGAAGAGAUAUUUGACAUGUUGAAGAACAGUCUACACCAACAGUCAUCUGAAGAAGAGACGGAUGAAGGAAUAAAAGAGUUGGUAGAUAUAACACUGAAGAAAAUGGAUUAUGACAACGAUGGCAAGAUAUCUUUUGCAGACUUUGAAAAAGCAGUAAAAGAAGAGAGACUUUUGUUGGAGGUGUUUGGACCAUGUUUACCAGAAGCAAAGAAUUGUAUUGAUUUUGAAGCCCUGGCAUUCAGACACAUCCUGACUUCUAGUUUUUGAAUGUGAAUCACUCAAUACUUGUAUUAAAAUCAGAAACAGA